AUGGCGGAAGAUGAUGCCGGGGGCUUUGAGGACAAUGAGUUCGAUGACGAGGCCUCAGAUGCCGGGGAUGACGUGGAGGUCCCCGAGGAAGGUGAGGAGGAUGAGGCGGCGGACGACUUUGACAUGGAUGCCCGGGUAGGCCACCUGUCCCGCGCCGACAUCCAGCACAUGUCGCCCCAGGAUCAGCUCAAGAAGUGGCAUGAGAUGCUUUUACCCUCGGAGGUGGAUCUCAUUUCUGAGUUGGACGCCACGAAUGUUUUUUUCAUCAGCGCCGAGUCGGUGAUCGCCGACCUGCUUAUCUCCUCUGGAGAGGGCAGCUUCGACGAGGAGGGCCAGUUCCUGCGGAUGACCUUCCUGGUGGAGCAGCUGUUGGCGAGUCUGCAGUCCUGCGGCGGAGUCUUCAGGUUGAUUUUCUUCGACGCCUUCAAGGACGUCUUCGAUGUCACUUUCGAGAGCUCCCUGUGGGCCUUCCGGGAGGCCUUCCUGAAUCACUGCCGAGCCAACGGCAUGGACCACGCGGUGUUUCGCCAUUGGUAUUCGCAGGAGUGGAAGGAUCACGUGACCACCUGGAGGCCCUCGUUUUUCCUCCUGGCCAACGACCAACUUGACUCCCUUACUGGAGAUGAUGAGGAAGAGGAGGACGAGGACGACGUGAGAAAGAAGGGAAGCUUCCAAGCCUUGAUGCUGAGAUGCCUGUCCUACCGGGUCCACGUCGCCUUGCUCCGCGGCCUUCAGAGACGUGGCAACCGUGUCAUGGCUUUCACUGUAGAGCCGGACUGCCACGACUCCUUCAUAGACUUCAACGUGCAGGGCGCCCUCCAGCCCCUCCUCGAAGAGGAGGAGGAGGAGGACGCCGAGGACUUCUUGCCGGAGCUGCGGAAGUUCCAGACGCGGGCCGCCGGCAAGGUGAAGGAGGAUGCCAUACUCCGGUGCUUCAUCCUGUGCCGAUUUGCGAAGUCCAUGUUGGCAGAGGCGAGCAAGGCUUCCGGAGCAAUGUCUGAGCUGCUGAAGGUGGUGGUGCGGAUUAUGAUGAUCCAGGAGAUGCUGCUGCGGUAUGUCCCGGUGGACAAGAGAGCGUUUACCACGGUCAACUUCAACGACUGGGGUCUCUGGUCUGAGUACAUCUCCACGCUCUUACAGAACAAGUGGUAUCCAUUCAUGGCAGAGGAGCUUGGAAAGCUCAACAAGCUCUCGGACAUACCAGAGGACGUGAAACUCGAGUCCUGCGACAUUUUCGACGGCCGGCUCUAUGGCCACGUCUUGCGCUUCGUGGUCGCAAAGGCGGUGAAGGCCAAGAAGGACGUCGACGCGGAUGCCUUCAAGCUCGGCACGUACGUCACCGAAGAGAUGGACUUCUUGUGGUCGGAGGCUGCCUCCGGCGACAAGUUCUGGCCCAUCAAGAUCAAGGGUCUGAAG